UAUUAAUGAUUUUCAUUAAGUUCUUUGCGAACCACCUCACUCUGACCAGUUCACAUUUGAAAUUGAUUCAGUUCCAUUUAGCUCCGACUCAAAACAACACGUGCAACGGCAAGCAAUUCUGUCUUAUAUUAUUAUUGAGAGGUUUUCUAAAAGAAACAAGCCUGCAAAAUGCUGGAGGAGAUGCGGACAAUGAAGACCACUCCAGUGCUGACCAAUUCUCGGCCGGAGUUCAAACAGAUACCAGAAAAACUGAACCGGCACCUGUCCAACUUGGGAGCACCCCAUGUGGACUUUGACGAAAUGCUGACCGUUGGCUUGGACAGUGUGGCCAAGCAUAUGACUCCCAUCCAAUGGCAGAGUCCUGCCGGCGAAAAGAUCUCCCUGAAAGUGGCAGCAAUUUGGAUUUCAAAGCCUCAGGUGCCCCAGGAUGUGAUUGAUGUACGCACCCGUGAGAUAUAUCCCACAGACUCCAGACAGCUACGUUCCUACUCCGGCAUGUGUUCUGUGCGUCUUGGUUGGAGUGUCAAUGGCAUAGAGAAUGCGCCCAUCAACAUUGAUCUCGAACUGCCCAUUAUGCUGCGCUCAAAGGCCUGUAAUCUGGGAGGAGCCAGCCCACAAGACAUGGUGAAACACGGCGAACACGACAGCGAGUGGGGCGGAAUAUUCGUGAUCCGUGGAAAUGAGAAGAUUGUUCGUAUGCUGAUCAUGACCCGGAGAAACCAUCCCAUCUGCGUAAAGCGUUCUUCGUGGAAGGAUCGUGGUCAAAACUUCAGCGACCUGGGCGUGUUGGUGCAGACUGUGCGUGAGGAUGAGUCGUCCUUGAGCAAUGUACUUCACUAUCUGAACAAUGGCACCGCCAAGUUUAUGUUCUCCCACGUAAAAAGGUUGUCGUAUUUGCCCGUCUGCCUGAUCCUUAAGUGCCUAGUGGAUUAUACUGACGAGGAGAUCUACAACAGACUUGUCCAGGGCUACGAAUCAGAUCAGUACUAUGUCUCCUGCGUGCAAACCAUGCUGCGGGAAGUCCAUAAUGAAAAUGUGUAUACACACAGCCAGUGCAGGAGCUUUAUUGGCAACCUAUUCCGCUCACGAUUCCCCGAGGUUCCGGAAUGGCAGCCAGACGAGGAUGUGACUGACUUUAUCCUCAAGGAACGUGUCAUGAUUCACCUGAAUACCUAUGAGGAGAAGUUCCAGCUUAUUGUGUUCAUGGUCCAGAAGCUGUUCCAAUGCGCCCAGGGUAAACCGGUGGAGAACGUUGACUCGGCCAUGAUGCAGGAAGUACUCCUUCCGGGACAUCUUUACCAGAAGUAUCUGGGUGAACGCAUUGAGUCCUGGGUCAUGCAGGUACGCCGCUGCCUCCAAAAACUAAUCACUCCGGAUACUCUGUUGAACAGCGCCAUAUUGACGCAAUGCAUGCGACAGGCGGGCGGAGUGGGGCGCUCCAUGGAAUCCUUCCUGGCCACGGGAAAUAUAGCCAGUCGCACGGGCCUUGGCUUGAUGCAGAACAGCGGCUUAGUUAUCAUGGCAGAGAACAUUAACCGAAUGCGUUACAUGUCUCAUUUCCGGGCCAUUCACCGUGGUUCCUACUUCACAACGAUGAGAACCACCGAGGCGCGACAGCUACUCCCAGAUGCCUGGGGCUUUAUUUGCCCGGUCCACACUCCCGAUGGCACGCCCUGCGGUCUGCUAAAUCAUCUGACACUGACCUGCGAGAUCUCCAAGCGUCCGGAUCCCAAGUUGGUAGAGGGCAUACCCUCCCAGCUGAUCGAGAUGGGUAUGCUACCAUUAUCCAACCGUCGGAAGCCUGAUGGCAAGCUAUAUGUAGUCUUCCUGGAUGGCAAGCAUCUCGGACACAUUCAUCAGUCGGAUGCCACACAUGUCGAGGAUUUGCGGCAUGGCAAGAUCUUUGGAACCUUUCCCCAGAUGAUGGAGAUUGGCUUUAUUCCCUUUAAAAAGAACGGACAGUUUCCGGUUUUCCUAGCCACUGGACCGGCGCGAAUGAUGCGUCCCGUGUGGAACCUUAAGUGGAAGAUGGUGGAGUAUAUCGGAACCUUGGAGCAGUUGUACAUGGAGAUAGCCAUUGAUCCAAAGGAGAUGUAUCCGGAGUUCACAACUCACCUGGAGCUGGCCAAGACGCACUUCAUGAGCAACCUGGCCAAUCUGAUUCCCAUGCCAGACUACAAUCAGUCGCCGCGUAACAUGUACCAGUGUCAGAUGGGCAAGCAAACGAUGGGCACACCAUGCCUGAAUUGGCCAAAGCAGGCGGCCAACAAGUUGUACCGCCUCCAGACGCCAGGAGCGCCUCUCUUCCGACCCGUUCACUAUGACAAUAUCCAGUUGGAUGACUUUGCCAUGGGCACGAAUGCUAUAGUCGCUGUCAUCUCCUACACAGGCUACGACAUGGAAGAUGCCAUGAUUAUCAACAAGUCGGCAUACGAGCGAGGCUUCGCCUAUGGUAGCAUUUACAAAACAAAGUUUGUAUCGCUGGACAAGAAGACCAGCUACUUUGCCCGGCAUCCGCACAUGCCGGAACUGGCCAAGUACCUGGACACCGACGGACUGCCACAUCCCGGCUCCAAGCUGAGCUAUGGCAACCCCUUGUACUGCUACUUUGACGGCGAGGUGGCCACCUAUAAGGUGGUAAAAAUGGAUGAGAAGGAGGAUUGUAUGGUGGACAGCAUCCGGCAGCUGGGAACCUUUGAUCUGGCGCCCAAGAAGAUGGUGGCCAUUACAUUGCGAGUGCCACGACCGGCUACCAUUGGCGAUAAGUUUGCGUCGCGAGCUGGACAAAAGGGUAUUUGCUCACAGAAAUACCCAGCAGAGGAUCUACCAUUCACGGAGUCCGGCUUAAUCCCAGACAUUGUGUUCAAUCCCCACGGCUUUCCCUCCCGUAUGACCAUUGCUAUGAUGAUCGAAACGAUGGCGGGAAAGAAUGCCGCCAUACACGGUGAAGUCUACGAUGCCACACCCUUUAGAUUCUCCGAGGAGAACACGGCCAUUGAUUACUUCGGUAAAAUGCUGGAGGCUGGUGGCUAUAAUUACUACGGCACUGAGAGGCUAUACUCCGGAGUAGAUGGUCGUGAAAUGACUGCGGAUAUAUUCUUUGGUGUGGUCCAUUACCAACGGCUGCGUCACAUGGUCUUCGACAAGUGGCAGGUGCGAUCGACGGGAGCGGUUGAGCCGCGUACCCAUCAACCGAUCAAGGGACGCAAGCGCGGUGGCGGCGUGCGUUUCGGAGAGAUGGAACGAGAUGCCCUCAUCUCCCAUGGUGCGGCCUUCCUGCUGCAGGAUCGUCUAUUCCACAACUCUGACAAAACGCACACGCUGGUGUGCCACAAAUGUGGCUCCAUUCUAUCGCCGCUCCAACAGAUUGUCAAGCGAACCGAAACGGGCGGACUCUCCUCCCAACCGCAAACGUGUCGGUUGUGUGGGGAUAACACCUCCGUGUCCGUGAUCGAGGUUCCGUUCUCCUUUAAGUUCCUGGUCACCGAACUGAGUUCGGUCAACAUCAAUGCCAGGUUCAAGCUGGAGGAGAUUUAGGUGGAUACCACAUUAGAUUAUUGUUAGUCUUUAUUUUUAUCCAUUGUAUGAUUUCUAAU